AUGCCCUCCGCCAUGCCUGAACAGGGCGGACCGCAAACCCCUGAUCGACACGCUGUUGGCGACAGCCUCAUGUCCUUCAAUGACAGCAACGGCAACGACAUGUCUGCGCACAUGAACGAGGCCUCUGCGUGCCCCUGGUGCAGCCUCGCGUGCCAAGCGUGUCACUACAUUGACGAGGUGCUGGCCCUCAGCAGCAGCGACCUUUGCCCUUCUUCUGCCUACAAUCAGCUCCGGCGGCUAGAAGCAUUCACUGCUUGCGCUUCCAGACGUUCCCCUCUCCUUCCGCCCGCUGGACGGCAGCUUUUCGCGCGCUCUCUACUGCCCAGCCAUUCACUGCCUCGCGCCGGCGAGCAAGCUCGCGGCACUCACGGGAUCAUAUCGGUGCCCCCCCAGCCUGUCCAACAACAGGGCUACGACAGCUACCAGACCAUCUCGGACGAGGAGCUUGAGUCGGAUGACGAUAACCCUGGAUUGACUGGCGAUAACCCUGAAUCGGCUGAUGAGUCGGCUGAUAACGAUCUUGAGCCGGCUGACAACGACCUUUGA